AUCUGGGAAGGAGACAAAAAAAAAAUAAUGAAGUAAAUCAAUCCCACAUAUUGGAGUAUUUCAGAAAGAAGAGCCUCCUCCUCCUCCAGUUGCAAAACCAAGGCAGAGAAAAUAUAAAUAAACGCUUUAGAGUGUCAGAAAACGCUUUAGACCUCGGCAGAAAAAAGAGGGAUGGAUACAUUUCCAAAGGAGGACUAGAUUAAUUUCUCUUCGCCACACACCUCCCAGCUUCCUGUUGAGCAGACAUGUGUUUAGACAAUUUCCAGAAUUCUGCCUUUUUUUUCCCCACCCCCUGUCCCCUUCCCUGCAAAUAUGUGCAGCGCCCGAGUCUUUGCGAGAGAGGAGAAAAGCGAGUUUGCAGCGGUUUACCACGAUUAUGAUGAUUUUAUUAUUAUUAUUUUUAUUUCUUUGCUCGCUCUGAGCGUUGCAACUUGAGCGGAGUCGCCCUGAACUUUGGUGCGCGCCCGAAGGGCACGUUGGCUCAAACAACUCUAGGCAUAAAAUAAAGACGGCAAUCAUGCUUUUAAGGCCAUUUCCCUCAGACCCGCAGCAGAAAUCAAUAGGAAAGGGCCAAGGCAAAGAAAUGCCUCGCCUGGGCAACUCUGCGUGCAAUGCACGGUAUGGGAAAUACUGUCUGCAUCAGCUACCUAGGGCGAAAAAAGGGGUGUUGCGGUUUGCAUAAAGAUUGCAGAAAUGGCGCUUUGCUUUUGGUUUGUUUUCUUUUUUUUAAGUCCGUCUUCUUGGAAAGAGAUGGGGGACCAAAAAAAAAAAAAAAAAGUGGGGUGUUUUCGCUAAUUAGGGCUUGCCGCAUCUUUGUCAAGAAGAUGCCUUUAAUUGACAAAUAAACCUCGCAAACAGGCCGCCCUAUUCAAAGCGCGGCGUCUGCAGCGCCGGAAUAAAGUUUAACCAGUCUAUCAAGCGCUGAAUGGAAGUAUUCAGAGGAAGCAGAGAUUUCAUCUUCCUCCUUUACCCCCCCCCCCUUUUUUUUUUUUAAUCGAGAGCUGCCCAGCCCCUGACUCCGAGGUUGUAAUUACAGGGAGCAGAGAAUAGACACGGCUUCAAAACAAUGCGAGCCGUUUCAGGCUGCGGGAGAGGUAGCCCGUGGCGAAUAUGCUCCACAUAAACCUCCAAGAGUUUGUUGUUGCUGUCGCUUUCCUUCCCCCCCCCGCCCUUUUUUGUUCUUUUCCCUUUUUGUCUUUUGAGCGUUAUUUACAGCAAAAGCAAUAUUUGACUAGGAAAGCCCUUGUUGCGAAAGAGCGGAGAUAAAUUCCCGGCGAAAAGCCCCAAAUAAAUAAUUAGGGCUCACGUGCGCCAUAAAUGUCAAGUUAAAAAAAAAAAAAAAAGAAAAAGGCGAGGGGGAAAAAAAGACAGAAAAAAAGGCAGAGAGAACAUACCCAAGGUGAAAUCGCUUUCAAUAAAAUGGCUUUUAAUGGCCUCGCUUGUAUUUACCUCGAGCAGCUCCGGGUAUUUAAUCAGAUGGGCGCACGCAGCCCCUAUGGCCAUAUGUCAGUGGGGUGCGCGCGCGUGGGAAUUUCGCCUAUGCAGCUCGGCCCCUCGCGGCCCCCCCCUCGGCUCCCCCCAGAAACGAGGCUUUAGGGGAAAAUUCAUUCGCCCCCCCAGGAAGAUAGUAUUAAUUUUUUAUUAUUAUUUUUUUCCGGGGGGGGAAGCGGGGCCCGGCGCUUCCCCCGAGCGCGGCCCGGGCCGGGGGCGAGCAGGUCCCGGGCGCGGCCCCCUCCGCACCGGGCUCCCCCCGCACCCCCGUGGGCACCGGGGGGGGCCCCCCAAAUCCAGCCCCUUUGCAAACAAACCGCCCCCGCCUUGGAGGGCUGAGCAGCAUGCGAGCCUGACAGUAGCGGUUUAUGAAGGCUGUGGGCUGUUUAAGGAAGGCGAGGGGGGGGGACACGCACACCCACCGAUUUGGAUUUGUUUCCUUUCAGUAAUUACUGAGGGAUAGAAAACACAUGUGUUGCGAUUGCUUUUCUUAUUCUUUAUUUUUUUGAAGCCUCUUUUUUUUUCCUAAAUCAGUUCAUCAAUUCGCUAAUUAGCGCUGGGAGGGGGGAGGAAAUCACCCGACACAUUUUUUUUUCUUUUUUUUUUUCCUCUCCCCUGCCUCUGUGUGAACAUCAGAGUGGGGAGUAGGGGGGAGAAAAAAAAAGGGAAUAUGGCUUAUGAGUGGUGAAUGUUAUUUCAGAUUUCUAUGGGCGCUUUUCUUUUCUGGGAACAAAGAGCAACUCCUAUUAAAGAGCUACUCGAAGACUUGUACAUAUUUCUACUGCUGUGUAGCACUUUUAAUAAAACAUCUGUUCUUGCUUCUGCUGAUGAGUUUACAUAAUUGUUUGCAGACCAAUUUAACGAGAAAGCGCCCCACAUAUUCCCUGUACAUGCUUUCAGGGGGUGAAAAAAAAUAAAUACCUUUUUGCUAGUGACAUAGCUUGAUGAAACACUUUCGAGAAAUCCCCAAACUGAUAAAAAAUAUCAAUGGGAAAAAAAUAUAUAUAUAUCCAGGGCAUGCACAAUGUUAGGCUGAAGGAUUGCAACGAGUAACACGUACUUUGAUGAUGCCUCAUUUGUAUCUGCAGGAGCUUUUGGGGUUGUUGUGGGCGGUUUUGUUCCUGCCUUUUCUCCCCAGAAACCUGAUUUUUAAGAUGGGGAGAGCACUCUACGCUAAGUUUCUUUACGGCAGCUGGUUUCUGUUCACUAUAAAUCGACCAGACUUUUAAGACUUGCCCUCUGUUUAGAGAAGUAAUAAAACACUUAACUUUCUCGACUCCUAGUCACACGGUUAUCACACAGGUCUCCCCUACAACAGCCCCCGAGCACCUAUACACACACACAAAAAAAGGGAAAGGGGGGAAGCAAACGCCAAAAAAAAAGGGGCGACACAAAAUCAGACAAAAACCCGAGGGAGUCCUUCCAGCACUGGACUUUCCUCCCAAACUUUGGCAAGGUUGGCACGGUUAUAAAUGCCCUUGCCUAGGUGAAACGCGAAUAUGUCCUGGGAAAGGUCCAAUCCAUAUCGCUGGAGCUACUUUUAAUUCACUCGCCAAAUUGCAUUGGGCUGCGAGCAAUACAUAAGGCAAGACAACACGCCAAUAACUAAAAAGCCCCCAUCCAUCCAUCCAUCCGUCCCAUUUGUUGGACCUUGCAACAAUUUAAUAUCUGGAGGCAGCUUUUCCUGGCUGGGGUUGGUUUCCAGAGGAACCAGGCUCUGGAAGGAGUUGGGUGCUUGGGAGAUGCAGCCCCAGCUCGUACUAUUUGCCCCCCAUCCCUGGAUUUGCAGCUGAGGGUGCCUGUGGCGGGGGGGCAACGUGUCAGCAGAAGGCGGAAAAAAAAAGGCCAAAGGAAUUGCAUUUAUUUCCUUAAUUCUGGUCUUCUUAUUUUCUCCUGCUGGUUUGGUUCCCUGAAUCCCCGGCUAGACUCUGUCAGAUGGUUGAGGGGGGGGAAGGGGGGGAUGGAGAAAAAGGAAACGAAACCAAACCAAAGUUGGCUGUUUUUUUUGGAAAAUGUCAGUAAAUCUGUCCCCUGUACAUCAGUCUUAUACCUGUACUGGGCUGGGUGCAAGUUGGGCAGCCUGGGGUGGGAGUCAGGCUGCUUCGCUGCAAGGUACACGCGCUAAAUAACACGGUGCACCCUUCCAGCUAGCUUCUUUUUUGGGGUUAGAAACUUUAUUUUUCCCCCUAGUGACACUCAAGAGAAGCCUUAGCGUUAUAGAAGAUGAAUACACGAGGGUUUUUUUUUCACUUGUAGUCUCGUUUAUGGUUUUAUUGCUACCAUUGAUGACUUUGCUUUGUUACCCAGAGGAAAAAGAGCAUAAAAUCCGUUGGCAUCCGGGUUCCUGUUAUAGCUGGGGAAAAAAUAUAGAGCCCCCCCCCAGCCCUUCUUUGUCAGCCAAAAUCUCUUAGAGAUACAUCGCUAAAAAUAAAAGGGAAUUAAGUCUAUUGAUUAAGAGCAAGACAAGCAAAUACCCUCAGUUUCGUAUUUGAGUGUGCACCUAUAAACCUUGCUCUCACCAGCCCUUACACACCCUCACAUUUAAAGUAAAAAUGUGGACACGAAGGAAGGGGGGGAGGGAAAAAAAAAGGGAGGCCAGGGUUUCCCUGCCAUAACUGAAUUUUUAAACAGCAAACCACCAGAAUGAUAGAGAUACCUCGCAAUAUUUACAGAUCAGCAGGUAUGUUUUACAUUUAAGGGGCAAUUUAUGGCUCUAGAUUGAAAUUAAAAUUAGAUUAGCUGUCUUCAUUUCAAUUAGGUCUAGGUGCAAGCUACCCAGAGAAGAUCUAAUAUAAUCCCCUCUUUCGUCUAACUAAAUAUUUGCCAUGGAAGUUUCCCAAUCAGCUGCAAAUAUCUGAAACUAUAAAUUGCUGCAAACCCAAACACGAGGGAGCGUCCCCAGCCCAGGCUCCCAAUUGCCCUCAAUCACAGAUAGAAGUGCUCUUUUGGGGGGGUUGUAGUUGCUGUUGAAAAUGUAAAUAUCCCCUAGCAUCGCCACACAUCGCAAAAAAUUAGGAGGGGGAAACGUGCAGGAGAGAAAUGUCAAACUGCCCUGAAGGAGAAAUGCAACUUCCCAGCUAACGUGAGUUCGCAGUGUUACGCUUCUUUGAAUUCUUCCUCUAUUUUUUCUCUCUUUCUCACAGACACACUUUAGGAAUGCUCUAAAACACGUUAUCAAUUCAGAAGUCGCCAUGUUUCCCCCCCCUCUCUUUAGGCAAUAUUUUCUCAUCAGGAGCCCAACCAUUUGAUUCCAUAAUAUUGACCAAUGCUACAGGAGAACAAGAAAAAAAGGGAAAAAAAAUCGGGAUAAUUUAUGGCUUAAUAUUCUGUGGACAUCUGAGAUUUAUGGCUGUGAAUUCUGAGCUAUUUUAUUACAAGAUAUUAAGCAAACAUUUCUUAAGGAAAAAGGAAAUAAUAAUAAAAAAAAAUCACUGGGCUUCCAAACCUCGGUGUGCAUUAGCAGAGUGGGGAAAGGCGGAGGAAAGAGGCGGGGGGGGGAGAAAAAAAGUUGAGGUUGGCUGGGGAAAUUUGUGAAAUUUCCAGUCCCCUCCAGCUGCUCCUGCAAAGAAAUGAAGCCCAGCGACGGCUCCGCGGCUGCUGCCUCCCCCCGGCCUGCGCCCCCCCGACCCUCUUUCAAGCUUUGGGGCUGCUUGGGGGGGUUUUGGGGGUGCGGGACUCACUUUGCAUGCCCACUUAGUUGCAACUGGGGAAUCAACAGAAGCAAAAGCAAUUUUUUCCCUUUUUGACACCCGCCUCGCCAUUGGCUCCCCCCGGGUCAGCUGACUUUGUCAUUUUGUCUGUCCUGGAGCAGAGCCUUCCCUAUAACAAUCUAGUUCAGACUACAAACUGGAGACAGAAAUAAAUAUUAAAGAAAUCCCACAGCCAGGUGUAGAGGACGCUAUGAAUUCCUAUUUUACAAACCCGUCUCUAUCCUGCCAUCUCACCGGUGGCCAAGAGGUGCUUCCCAACGUAGCCCUCAAUUCCACUGCCUAUGACCCUGUCAGGCAUUUUUCUACUUAUGGAGCAGCCGUUGCUCAAAACCGGAUUUAUUCUUCUCCGUUUUAUUCACCGCAAGAUAAUGUUGUGUUUAGCUCCAGCCGAGGACCUUAUGACUAUGGAUCUAAUGCUUUUUACCAAGAAAAAGACAUGCUUUCUAGCUGCAGGCAAAAUUCUAUGGGACAUAAUACACAGACAUCAAUCGCACAGGAUUUUACCAGUGACCAAAACAGGAACACUUCGCAAGAACAAAAAACUAGCAUUCAAAUAUACCCAUGGAUGCAGCGUAUGAACUCCCACAGUGGAGUGGGCUACGGGGCCGACCGCCGGCGGGGCCGCCAGAUCUACUCCCGCUACCAGACGCUGGAGCUGGAGAAGGAGUUCCACUUCAACCGCUACCUGACGCGCCGGCGCCGCAUCGAGAUCGCCAACGCGCUCUGCCUCACCGAGCGCCAGAUCAAGAUCUGGUUCCAGAACCGGCGCAUGAAGUGGAAAAAAGAGAGUAACUUGAGCUCCACCCUGGCCGGAGCCGGCAGCGGGGCCGCGGCCGCCGCCGAGAGCUUGGCCAAGGAGGAGAAGCGGGAAGAGACAGAGGAGGAGAAGCAGAAGGAGUGAAAAGAAAACAUCAAUAAAUAAAUUAUCCAAAAAAAAAAAAAAGUGACAGCUCCGCAACCCCCCCAAGUCAUGUUUCUCUCACUGGCACAAUUGAGAUGUUUGGCUACGUUAAAAAAAAAAAAUCAAAUGUGGACCCCCCCCCCUCCCAGCCCCAUCAUAACUCUCCCCGUGCCCCCCCCCCCCCACGUUUCCCCCGGCCUAUUUAUCUAACUCGGAAUAAGACUGUGUUUAAAGCCGCACGCUUCUCCUCCUAUUACGAAAAAAAUAACAUAAAAUAAGGGGGGGGGGGCUCGCCAGGGGUGCACCCACCCGCCCAGCGGUGCUGCCCCGACGGGUCGGGUCCCCCCCUUAUCGUGGACUCUACCCCGGGGUUUCCCUCUUCCUCCAAGACGAGGGAGUUUUUCCUCCCCGUGGUGCAAAUCUCAUUCCCCGAGAAAAGCUCCUUCCACGUAAAUAUAGCAUUUUGGGUUGUUUUUUUUAAUUUUUAUUUUAUUUUUUUUUUCCUCGAGAGCAUCCUCCUCGUAUUUAAACCUGGGCUCAUCGCUGCAUACAACAAACUGUGACAGUUUCUGUGUGGAUAUUUUUAACUGUGUUCGUGGUACCUGUAUUUAUAUUUAUGUUUAGCACUGUAAUGUUCCACGGUAUAAAGUGAAUGGAGUUCUAUAGCAGUAGGAAAAAAGCAAAAAAAUAAAAAAAUCUUGUGUUACACCCUCUCAUGUAUAAAGGUCAUGUCCAGAGGACUAUGUUGAGUAUUUAAUAAAAACUGAAUAUUAUUUUUAAAGUUUAUAGAA